CGCUCGGCGUUUGUUUCCGGGCCGAGGCUGAGGAGCGCGGCCGAGCUGCGGAGCGGGGCCGCACCCGGCCCGGCCCGGCUCGGCCCAGCAGCAUGGACGAGGACGGGCUGCCCAUCGUGGGCUCCGGCAUUGACCUCACCAAGGUUCCUGCUAUUCAGCAGAAAAGAACUGUAGCAUUUCUAAACCAGUUUGUGGUUCACACAGUGCAGUUUCUCAACCGCUUUUCUACUGUUUGUGAAGAGAAAUUGUCAGCACUGUCUCUCCGUAUCCAACAAAUUGAAACCACGCUCAAUAUUCUGGAUGCAAAGUUAUCCUCAAUUCCUGGCCUAGAAGAUGUCAAAUUUGAAGUGUCCAGUGCAAAUGUGAACAGUGUUACAAAUGGUCCUGUGGCACAGGCUGCUGCAGAUCCACAGACAGCUGGAUCACCUCAGCCUGGACAGAACAAUACACAAGAAGAAGGAUUGCAGAAAACAGAGGUGGUAACAGAAAAUGUCACAACUGUGGCCAAGGAUCCAAGAUAUGCCAGAUACCUCAAAAUGGUGCAAGUGGGUGUUCCUGUAAUGGCAAUAAGAAACAAAAUGAUUUCCGAGGGGCUGAAUCCAGAUCUUCUUGAGACCCCAGAUGCCCCUGUGCCUGCCUGGGGAGAUGAUGGCAAAGCAGAAGAGAGUUCUGAUAGUGAAUCUUCAUUCAGUGACUGAAGAGACUGAUUCCAGCCUUUGGAAACCUUUGUUAAGUGCUCAUGUGUUUGGAGCUUUGGCAGACAAUGGUUUUGUGUGGAUCACACGGAUGACAUGGUUUGUCUGAUGGCGUUUUUAAGAACUAAGAUCCUCCAUGUUCUGAUCUGGAAAGUUUGAACAGGCAGCAUAUUUUGACCUGAACCCUUCCCCCAUGAAAAUGAAUCAUGAGAUCCUUGCAGUUUUUAUGCUGCAUCAUGUCGGAUUCAUUUCUGGUUCUGCUGAAAUUACUCCAUUGGGCUCUAAGAAUUCCACAACUCUAAACCUCCAUUUCUCUAAAACUCCUUUCUGGUCAUUGUUAUAUUUUCUGAGUAACACAUUUAACCUACAUUGCCUUCUUUCUGCCUCAUAACUUAAAGGUAAAUUAACUUUGGAAAAUGAAAGCGUUUCACUGAUAAACUGUACCUUUUUGGCAAUAUCCUGUGUUUGCAGUGGUGCAACAAGAAUUACAAAUAAGUCAGCUCUCUUAUGGUGAUUGCAAAUCAGUGAUACUCAGAUUUGAGAAGAACUAAAAUACAAGUGUAAAAUAUAUUAAACCCCAUUUUGAAUCUAUUUUCAAAGCAUAUACUGCUAUUCAGUGCCGCAUUAGAGUCUGUAUGAAGCUGUUAAAGGAACUCCUACUCUUGAAGGGUUGAUUUAUCCAGUUCAGGUUGCAUGUUAUAGAAAGGUACAAACGUGACAAGGCUGGUUUGAAAAUGACACUGGGAAAAGAAAAAGGCAAGGGACUGGGAGAUCAUUAAUGGAGUAUGAGAUUGUGAGAUUCUGCUAUGUGGGUCAGUUGAAACCAUUUUCUGACUUCAUUGGCCUUACUCGAAAGAAGCUGUGGCUGAACAGUUUGCUUAGGGUGAGAAAUUGCCUCCAGUUUGGUGCCUUUGCUGGUAAUUUCAGCAAAGAAGCUAAAAUUCAGGUUGUAUAAGGAUAAAACUACCUUUGCACCUCUUGAGGCACUCAUUGAGAACAAUAUAAAAAAAUGCCUGAAGAUGUGCCCUGAAGAUUCCCCUCAAAAUUACUUGAUGUACUCUGUGACUCAAAAAUUACAUUUCAUUAAAGAAUCUUCUUUAAUGCCGUUUGUUCCGCAUGAAAUCCUUUGCAAUCUGUUUGAAUUCCCCAGAUUGUUGUGAUUAUACCAGAAUGCUGUGUGCCAUGCAGUCAUUAACUUUCUGGUGUUUCACAUUCUUGCUGUGACCAAGAGAAGACUAAAACUGAAUCUCCAAGUGUGUAAGUUUGUUAGCCUUUAUGACUGAAUCAAUACCUUCUCUCUUAGUUAUUUGUGCCACUUCAGUAGGUUCAUUAGGUUAAUGCUUUUUUUUUCCUGUGACUUAAACGUGGCUCCCAUUUCAGCCUAGCAGACAUAUUUAUGCUUUCCAUAACCUGUAAAUCAGAAUAAUUCCUGAAUCCCUACAAAAGCAUUUAUGCACUAGAGAAUGCUGAGAGAUGGUAUUUCAAUGAUGGGUUAAUUACUAUUGAACACUUAAAAAUGUUCUUCAUAGGUAACACUUGGUAAAAUACAAAAAUAUUAACAUAUUAGCAAUAAGUAUUUCAAAUGUAAGUGUGAUAAUGUUAUUUCAGAAUGUAUAUAUUGAAAGACUCAUGACUUUUUAAAAUCUAUAUUUGAAAACUCAUUUAAGCAGUCUGUAAAAUAAAAGCUAUACUUUGUAAACCAAA